CUGAACAAACACAUCCUGGGUUAAGCAUUAUUAAAACUAAGGAAACUUGUUUUAAACUAAUAAACACUUUAGAAACACGUUUUUUAGAUCAUGUUUCGCAAGAGAACGGCUUGGUUUUCAAACAGUGUCGAACGAAGGUGUCAGAAAUACUGGGUAUCUGAUGUGUGUAUCUACACAGUAUCUGAAGGUGGGCGCAUUGCGAGCUGGAGGACAGCAGAAUACCUCUUCAGUGAAGAUGCCUCAAAACCUGACACCCAGCGGAUCUUUGAGAGUAAGGACUACCAGCAGAAGAAGGUGACGGUGUUCCACAGCCUGUUCCUCUGUGCGUGUGAGAAGCGUGACAGCGCUGGCUCUGUGUGUAUCGGACACUAUGUACUGCCCCCCGUCUGUGUCCAGGACGAAGUCCGGAAUGUGGUUGGCAGACUGAUUUGGGAAAGGGAAGAUGAUCAGUUCGAACCCCAGGGUUCAUCAGUGAAACAGGUGGAGGAGGACUCCUGGACGACCACAGACUUGAACAGCAGCUGUGAACAUUUGGACUCAGAGACGCCCCCGACUGUAGUCAAAGUGUGCUGUGAAGUACAGGAGCUCUCCUUUAAUAAACCAGCAACAGGUUACAUCAGUAUAAACAAGCUGGCGAAAUACUCUGGGGACCUGUGUGAAAUCACACCGGACCACUGUGGCUGUUAAGUGCAUCAGUAAAUCCAACUGCCACACUAGUGUCUAUUUAUGUAAUGCAUGGUCCUUAUUCACCUAGCAGCCAUCUCGGUUUUAAGCACUAGUUGGGUGGGGGAACUGAAUACACAAUUCUUCAUUCAGCACCCCCACCAGCGAGUGCUUAUAGAACGAACAUGGAAGCUAGCUGGAUAAUUCCAUAGUCAACCAUUUAGAACUAUUGAUUUGAAGAGGUUCUGUCGGGUUUCUUUACCAUUUGUAUUUUUCAAACUGCAUAAGUUCAUACAGUUGGAUAUUAAAGAACAAAAAGAGGAUUAAAAAAAUAAAAAUAGAUGUUACAUACUUUAAAGGAAACACGUUUAUUGAAAAACAAGACAAUAAAGAUCAUUUAUAAAAAAAACACCAAUUACACAUUCCAUAUGUAUAUCGUUGGGUAAUCUGAAUA